ACUUUCACGCCAUGGCUGCAGAGGAACAGGAGAAAGUAAAUGUCAUCAGAGACCUGUCAAACCGAGCUCUGCAGGAGUAUGAAGACCUGCAGAAAAAGAGUCAGACAGCAGUCAUGGAGUGCAGGAGGCUGGAGGAGGAGCGAGAUGAGGCCCGAAAGAAACUCUCUGAAUUCCAGCAAGUGUCUCAGAUGGUUAUUGAAGAGGUCAGUGCCAUUCAGGAGGACCUGGAGAUCGAGAGGAUGUGUAGAGAAAGUGCUGAAGCCCUGGCCUCCAAGUUGAACCGUCAAAACCGCUCUCUGAAGAGGAAGAGCAUGAUGAUGCUGUCCCACCUCAGCCCAGAGACCAUCACGCAGAUCAGCCUUGAAGAUGAUGAAGAAGAGGGUGAAGAUCCAGACACAGACAGCCAAGAUUGUCUCUCCCCCCGCUGCCGCACCAUCAUCUCAGAGCUUCAAAAUAAGGUGGAACUGACACUUGCAGAGAAAAAUCAGGCCAUCUCUGAUCUGGAGUCAGUUGCACGACAACUGAUGGGCACCAGAGAAGAACUCAUGAGAGAGAAACACGACAACACGCUUUUGAUUGCUGAGAAACUUCAACAAAAGAAGCACCUGGAGAAAUAUACCAGAGUGUCUCAGUCUGCUGUGGAGGAAUAUGAGGCUUUACAGGACACCCUGAACCUGGAGCAGAACCUAAGGACCGAGGCAGAGAACUUUGCCAGAGCAAUGCUGGUCGAGCAGAAGAUGCUGAAGAGACAGAGUCAGAUCCUGAUGCAGAGCUCCUCAUCUAAUCAAGCUCUACAGGAUGCCCUGGCUCAGGUUGCCUCUCUGACGGCGGAUCUGGAGACACAGCGGCUGGAGCACCAGAACCAGAUAAAGCAGAUGGAGGAAGGGUUAAGGAGCUGCGAGACUCAGAAGGAGCUGAUGGCAUUAAGGCGCAAACUGGAGAUGCUGGAGGAAGAUAAAAAAGAGUACAGCAAGAAAUGUUCAAAGGCUGAACAAGAGGUCAAGGACCUGAGGUUUUCAGUGGAUGAGCUCCAGAAGAAGCUGCAGGCAGCUACCAACCCACCCCCAGCUCCAGCUCCUCCACCUCCUCCUCCUCCACCACCACCUCCGGCCCCAUCUUCAGCCUCCAACCCUCUCAGUCGACUGCUGUCAGUUAUCAGGAAGAAGAGGGGCGUCAGUAAUGACAUCCCACUGGUUGAACAGGACUCGGCCAAGACGCCAGAGGUGGAUGCGAGGCAGCAGGCAGUGGAGGAAAUGAUGCAAAGGAUAAAGAAAGGGAUUCGGCUUCGACCUGUCAACCAGUCUCCAAUCAGGACGAGGAGACAGGUGGAGAGACCGCCAUCUCAGUCUGCCUUUCAGGAACUUAAAGGAAUCAUGGAGAAUUUCACCAGAACUCCACCUCAACCAAAGCCUGCGUUACCUCCUCCAACCCCAAACCCUGAUGAGGAGCUGCAGAAGAUCCUGCUGAGACGGCGAGAUGCCCUGGAGUCCUAAUGCAAUGCCAAUCCCACCUCCACCCCCACUGAGUGACCUGUAAAUGGACAGUUUGUUUAUAGCACUUAGUUUUUUUGACCACUCAAACAAGGUGCCACCAGCUUCUGACCAGCACCACCAGCCUGGUCCCAGUUUCCACAUGAGCACCUGCAUGUGGAGAAAUAUCUGUGACACUUUCAGAAACUGACACUAAGAUGUCAGAGGGGGUCAUGGAGGGAUUGAUGUUGGUUUUAUGGGAUUUCAUGUAUUUUUCUGUGACAACGGCUGAUGGAAAUCCUUUUAAACAAAUGUAAUAAAUUCUGGAUGGAUUUCCUGAUCAGAAAAAAACAAAGGUUUUGCAUCAUGUGAAAUAAAAGUUGAACUCAUUCUGAUUACGUGAGGUCCUUCACACUACAUUACCCACCAUGCAUUGCACACGCUAACAACAAACCGACCCGACAGACUCUGUACAAUCUGUAAAACGUGCCAUUGAACUGUUUAACCAUAUCAUGAUAAAACAGAUGUAUAUAUGGCUGCAUUUUUGUACAACUAGCCAGGCUUUACUUCUUCAUGUAUGGACACCCCUUAAACCAGAGAAUUAUAACAUAAAAAUAUCUGAAGUCUCAAACAUUAAAAAAAUUAACCAUCUAC